AUGGAUGAAAUAAAGAGCAAUAUUGCUGGUGCAACCAAGAGAAUUAUCGAUGAUUUAACCAAGCUUGAGGUCAUGCCUGAAGAAAGAGAGAAAAUAAACAAAGAUGGAAUAAGAGAACAGCUUGAUAACAUGUUAUCACAACAAAAUCAAAUGCAACUGAACGCUUUACUACGAUGGGCUAAGAUACAAAAGGAGAAAUGUAAAGAUUUCGAUGAUGAAUUAAAGACAAGAAAAGCAGACGCCGAUAAAGCUUUAAAUGAUACCGUAAAUUCUGGUCUUCGAUCCUUAUUUUCAUCAAUGGAUCAGUGGAGCAACAAUUUAAACAAUGCUCGCCAGAAUUUUGACAAUAUGUCAGUGAAAUUCAUGAAUAUGUUUGAACUUUUAAAGGACAAUCAGAAUAUUUCUACCGACUCAUAUUCUAGUAUAACGAUUCCUACACUCAAAAUUGAAACAAAAAUCUUCAAUAACGAAGAAAUGGUAAAAUUGCCAAUAGAAGAGCAGUUAGUUCAUCUUAAAACGAGAGAGCAAUACUACUUACAGAUUAUUUCAUCUGCACAGAAGCUAGUCUUACAAACAAGAAUGGAUUACGAAGCUUUAAACAACACUCAUAUUAAACUUCAAAAUGAGUUUAAUGAUCUAACGAUAAAUUGUCAACAAUUAGAAUUAAAAUUAGAAGAUCAAACAGAAAAGGCAAAUGAAUACUAUAAAUCUGUUGAAAGACUGAAAUAUCUUUCUAAGAGUCGCGAAUUGAAAAAAGGUGAUUCGUUUGAAAUACCAAAGCCAGUAAUUCCUCUUGAACUAACAUCAGAUACUAUUUUUAAUAACGAACAAGAAGAAAUUUCCCAAAAUAAUGAAAAUUACGAAAAUGAAGACAUCGAAAACCUUGAAGAAGAAGCAGAAGGUGAAAAUAUCAAUGAGAAUGAAGAAGAGAUGGCAAACGAUGAAGAAUUACGAGAAAAUGAAAAUGAAAAUCCAGAAGAACAAGAAAAUGAACAAGUAAUAGAUAUCACAGAAGAUAACCAAAAUACAGUAACUAGUAAUAUCUCAAACAAAGUAAAUCAGAAAAUUCAAAAUAAUAAUUCAAAAAUUUUAACUAAAAAGAACCAAAAACAAGUUGUUUCUUCAUCAAGUAACAAGAACUCUGCAUCAACAUCGUCAAAACAAUUAGUUACAUCGAAUAAUAAUCAGAAAACUGCUUCUUCUUCAGCAAAGCAAAUUCAAACGAAUAAAUCUGCCAAUACUUCUAAGAAAUCAAUGAAUUCGAAUAAAUCUUCGACAUCAAACAACAGUAAUAACUCUAAUUCUAAAAAUUCUGCCACAAACAGUCAUAAAUCUCUGAAUUACGCAUCUGUCUCUGCAAAAUCUCUUUUAUCCCAAGGAGUUGAUCAACAAAAUUCACAAAAUAACCAACAAGUUACAACAAUUGUCCAAAAUGUCGAACUUAAGCCAACAGAAGUCAUUGUAGAUCGUGCAGAUUACUCUGAUCAAUCAAUUCAAACUGAUUUGACUUCAAAAAUCAUUAAUUCAAGCAUUGAAAAGUCAGAAAAAUAUGAAAAACUUGAAAAGAACAAUCCAGAGAUUUUAUCUCCAAAUUAUGUUCAAAAUCUCAAGAAUUCAUUGACAGAUCAGCUCAAAUUAUCCAUAACUCAGACACUAAAGAAGGAAAUUGAGUCAAAAAUUGCUGAAGAAAGAAAAUCUGUUUCAUUCCCAGAAAUUAAUAAUAAAACUCCAUCACAAACAGAGAAUUCGCAUAGUUCUAUUAUGGAUUCUCCAUUAUCUCAUGAUCAAUACGAUGUAAACUCAAAUUAUCAAAAAUUAAAUCUUCAAAAGAAGGUAAAUGAACCAUUAGAUCCAUUAGAUGCUUAUAGGUCACCUCGUUUCCAAGUAAAUAAGAGCGAAACGAUUGAAAACGAGUCGCCACAGACAGAACAUCACAACAGGAGAAACAAACAAAUUGAUUUGAAGCAACAGAAAUCGCUGAGAAGAAUUGUUCAGCCAAAUGCGUCACCAAGGAUCUACAGACCUGGAAUGAACAAUAUAAGAGGUUCUAAAGCUAUCAUGGAAUACAUUGCUCAAGAAAACUCUAAACAAAGGCAAGAAUUCCUUGCUAGAUCUAAUCCUUUCCAAGUUUUCAAACUCAACGCAUAA